AUGUAUGCGCAGCACCAUGACGGCGUGGAGGAAGCACCUGCGACUGCAGCUCUGGGUCUGGGCGCGGCGGAGAACGCGCAGGAACUUGUGCACUCGUCAGAGAUACGGGAGGAGAUGAGGCGCCCGGCUCCACCAUCACGGUCGUUUCUCGUUCAGAUCAACGGGGAGGAGAAUCAACUCGGAGAUUUCGAUCACACUGAUGAAAACGUUGAUUGGAUCGAUCUUCCACUUGAUAUGUUCCGUAUCAUUCUUGGUCGUCUUGGUGCCUUCGACAUCCUCAGCUUCCCUUUGGUCUGUAGACCUUGGGCAGAGGUGUACACUGAGAACCGUCGCCUCCAACCUGGUGCUCCUACCCUACUGACUUCUCCCUCCGAGGGAGGCUAUGAGAUCCCGGAUGAUUGGAAGCGAGGUUUGUUUUUUAUCAAUAAUAUCUUGUCAAGGGAGUUCUUCUCGGUUGAGGUGGAGGGUCUGAGAUAUGAGAGAUGGAUAGGCGGCAAAGAUGAAUGGAUAGUGACCAUUGGUCAAGAAGGCAACUUCUUCAAGCUUCUGAAUCCUAUCACAGGAUAUUCCAUCACUUUGCCUGACAAUUUGCAAGGGUACCCUUCAUUUGACCACGUACAACUCUGUCGUGCUCCCACUCAAGCUGAACCUGAUGAUUAUUUUGCCAUUGCCAUAUCAGCCAGAAUACUUGCUUAUACUAUGGCCGGAAAUGAUCACUGGAUUACAUUGGAGAAUCCUGAUGAGCCCUGGCUGAAUUAUUCUGAUGCUAUAAUGUAUGGAGAUAAAAUUAUCGCCAUCUGUAGGAGCGGAAACUUGUGGUCAUGGGGUUUGGAUGAAGGAGGGGAAAACCCUAAGCUACUGCUAAGGUCAUGUGUUGACAUUCUAGGGUGGAAGGAAUUUGAUUUUUUUCUAGCACCAUCUGUCAACGGCAAUAUUCUUAUUGUCAGCCCGCAUGGCGACUAUGCUCCUCUUAGAUGGGUAAGUAGACGAUCAUUUGAUAGCAGCCAUUUGAACUUCCCGGUGGAUGGGGCUGUGAUUCACGAGGUGGACAUGGAUACCCAAAGCAUAGAAGAAAUCCGUGAUAUUGGUGACCGGGCCUUAUUUGUAGGGUCAAACUAUCCAUUCUAUGUUCCCGUGUCAUUGCCCUCUGGAGAUUUAAAGAGAAAUCAUGUAUACAUUGCUGAUGUGUCCGAUGAUGAUGCUAUUGCCAUAGAUCUGAGUCUGGAGGAUCUUGCCGACAAUGUUUCCUUCAUCAACUACUCCGGGCAAGAACAUAACUAUCAGGUGCCGAUGUGGUUCCGACCAGCUUUCCCUUGAAUAUUGGGUAGCUCGCUGUUUUUCAGCAUCUGAAGCCGAUUAAGUUCUACAGUCCGCAACACUGCAUGCACAUAUCCCGCUACGGAUUGUAGUUUGUUUCUAGUGUGGUACAUGUGAUCUAUCUUGCAAUAGAUGGUACUAUGCAACAUACAAUAAUGUACGAUUGUGAGGAUUUGUGCUAAUGCUAUCUUUACCUUGU